AGUUAUUCUAUCAUUAAAGCCAUAGUAUUUUAAAUUUGUCAUUCAAAAUGCUGUUUUCUAACAAAUUUUUUGUAAUUUUAUUCAUGUUUUACUUUUUAAAAUCAGUAUCAUCAAAAUGGGGUAAUAUCAUUAACUAAAUGCGAGUUGUGUUUGAAGUAUUGUUAAAUAAAUUGGCCAAGUGAGAACUGAGAAAAAUAAUCGACAGAUACAAAAAAUAAAUUAAUUGAAAAAUAAACAUAUCAAAGUAAAAUUGAUACAUCUUCAGCUUUGCAUCGAAGUUAAUAGUUUAAAAAUUAAUUUUGGUGACUCGUUUGAUUACGAAUAAUAGCCAUAGGUUGGCGUAAAAUAUUUAAAAAGUAUAACAUCAUACUAUGGAAACAAAGUACAAUUUAAUGAAGAUAGUUUAAAUAUACCGCUUUAUUUCUACCCAGUUGACAAACACUGGAAAAUAGAAAAAUGUACUAGUCUGGGGCUUACAUUCAAAGAACCAAUAACGCGGCAUAAAUUUUCACCAACUAUGGUUCCAAUUGAAACAUUUUAUGAUCGACAUGAUUUGUUCAAAUUAUUAGCUAAUUUUUUAUGUGGAGAAAGAAAGUAUGACAAUAUUUUAAAGAAAAAAAUUAUACAAAGCAUGAAAAAUAAUGAAGAUAUUAAAAAAUUAUUUGAGUCUAAAGAAUUAUAUGAUAUUUAUAUGAGUUCAUCAAGAAUAGUUAACAAAAUCAAACCAAUUGAUAUAAAUGAUACAAAAUGUCCAGUUUGCUAUGUAAAAUCUCCAUACGUUAUUGCUAAAUGUAGACAUCCAUUAUGUUAUGAAUGUGCUGAAAGUUUACGAAUCCGUAAUCAAAAGUCAUGUCCACUUUGCACAAUGCCUUUUAAUAUAAUUGCCAGUAUACAAGAUGGGUUUGUAAUAAGUAACAAUGGUUCUGUAGAACUGUUGGCAGCCGCUUACUUAUUAGAUGUUUGUAUUUUUGUGUAUAUUAAUAAUAAAGAUUGGUUUCUUUUUCGAAAAGACUGGCCCAAUUACGACAAACUAGAUAUGAAAGAUGAAAAAUGUAUUUAUCUGUACAUGAAUGAAACACAAAUAGGUAUUGUUACUAUGGUUGUCGGAACUUAAAUUGUCAUUAAAUUAUAUAGUUAUAACACCAAAUUAAUAAAUAAAUUAAUAUAUAUGAAAAUAUAAUUUAAUGUAAUCGAUUA